AUGUCCGAAUCCUCCAUUGAAUACACCGCAUUUCGCACCGCCACUGGACUGUACGAAUUCAAGGUAAUGCCGUUUGGUCUUAAGAACGCCCCAGCCACUUUCCAACGAAGUAUGAAUUUCCUACUCGACGACCUUCGCUACUCCGGUGUUCUUGUGUACCUGGACGACAUACUCAUCCACUCCCCGGACAUCCCGACCCUACUCAAACUGACGGACAAAGUGUUCCACCGCCUACUCAACGCCGGCUACACCAUCAACCUACAGAAGUGUCA